AUGCCAUUACAAGACGUAUCGCAGGAUCAAGCAAUGAUCGACUGGCUUCGCCAGUCUGGUCAUGCACAUUUACUUGAUGAACGAUUUCUGAAUACUAAUCCUUCAUCGUCUCCACCACCACUCAAUAUGCCAUUUGGACAAACAACAUCAUUAUCUUCUCCAAUGCCUGGUCUGAAUCUUGGUUAUAAUACUGGUGGUUCUCCAAUAGAUCCUCUCAAUCGAUCAUCAUCCUUUCAUCAAACACCUUUUUAUUCAACAUCACAUUAUGAUGGUGGUACUAGAUCAUUAUCGCCACCAAUACUACCUCAAUCAUAUGGUCACCAAUCAAGUCCUUUACAUGGUAGUUCAUCUCCUACACAUUUUCUUCCAUCUAAUAUGCAUCAACAACAACUUGAUGUUGACAUUGAAAAUAUGAAACGUGAUCCAAAUACUCGUGUUGUUCAACGUCCUCCACAAGACGAUGUUGUCUACAAACAACGAGUCUUUGUAAGAUAUCUACAACCACCGACACCACCUGUUGGUGGAACUAUUAUUGUCCGAGAAAAACAACCUCCUGCACCACCACCUGAUCCACCUAUUGUAAUCAAACGUGCUCCACCUCCGCCUCCUACUCCACCACCAGUUACUAUUCGCGAGCGUCCACCACCAAUGCCACCUCCUGAAGGCACAACUGUAAUUGAUAAAAUAGUCCCACCUGGACCAAAACCACCACGUCAAGUAAUUAUCGAACAAUAUCCACCAUUACCACCCAAACCUCGAGAUGUUAUUAUUGAACGAUGGCUUCCACUGCCGCCAAGACAACGACGUAUUCUUUAUGAACGUUUACCACCUCUCAUGCAACCAGUGACAAGACCAAUUGUUGUUCAAUAUGGUUCACCACAUGUUCGUGUUCAACGUGAAGUUGUUAUGGCACCUUGUACGCAACUUCCUUAUCAGCAAGUAGCUGGUCGUACGGAUAUCAAUCAACUUUUGUGUCAAAUUGGUGGCAAUCAAUCAAUUUAUCCAACAGUCUCUCCUUCAUCCCUUGUCUCCUAUAAUCCAUAUACAUCAAUACAGCCGAAUUGUGGUGCUCUUGGUCAAUCUCAACCAAAUAUUGUUAUUAUGCAAGGUGGACAACCAAAUACAAUCUCACCAUCGAUUUAUGGCACGCCAUUAACUUGUGUAUGUACACCAAAUACAAUGGGAGGUUUAGCUGCCUAUGGUUCUGGUGUAUCAACAGUGCCAGCAUUUGGUCAAUCAACUGGACAAACGGCAAUAUUCAAUGUACCUGACAAUGUACCAAUCGAUAAUAUUCUUCGUCAACUUGGCAUUGAUCCAUGUACAAUACAGCGUUCAUCUAAUUUACCAUUUCCAGAUCCUUAUGGUGCCGUAUCACAUGUUUGGAAUGCUGCAACACAUGGUCCUGGUUUUAAUCCGGAUGGUUCUCCAGCCACAGCACAUGUUUGGGACAGAAUUGGGCAAUAUCUUCAUGGACAACCUGGUGAUGCAGUUCAAUCUGUAUGGAAUCAUAUUCCUCAUCCAGGUUCACCACCUCCACAAUCCAACUAUCCGCCAUCAUCGAUGCCACCUAACUACGCACCACCUCCAACAAACUAUCCUCCACCGUAUUCUCCACCACCUCCAUCGAAUUAUCCUCCGCCACCUCCAACAAAUUAUCCUCCACCGUCAUCAUCUUCAUAUCCACCAUCGGGAGGAACGAGUAGUGCUGGAACAAGUGUUUUAGCUCGACUGUUUGGUGGAGGCCAGUAA